AUGGAUACUUUCAAGGCAUCAUGGCCGGGAGGACAACACCGUAACAAGCGUGAGUCUACAGUGCAUCUGAAGCACCUCCCUACCGGUAUUAUUGCUCAGGCCGUGGAGGAUAGGUCACAACACAAAAAUCAUGCUUCAGCCAUUACUCGUUUGCGUACGCAUUUAGCUCUUAAAGGAAUGGAGGCUUUACUCGACCUAAUUUUUGCAGUCGAGGCCUCUCUGGCAGAUGCUUCAAAGAAGUUAGGGUUGAGUACUGGGGCUUUAUCACGGUUGAUUUUAUCUGAUGAUUCUCUUCGAAUGGCGGUGAAUGAAUUAAGGGCUACUAAGCCAUACGGUGGUGAAUUUGUUCCCAGGCCUUGUACACACCGCCCGUCACACUAUGGGAGCUGGCCAUGCUCGAAGUCGUUACCUUAA